AUGUACACUACUGCCAUAUUUUGUACUAUGAAUCUCAACAUUAAUCUCAUUGAUUUUGGAUUUAGCCACGGAUCUAAAGAGGCCUGUGCGUGUGUAAAGAUGUCAUCUUGUGGACAUUAUAACCUUGUACUCGCUCCCGACAAUACAUGCAAUUGUUCAAAAAACACAUCUGUUAUAUUUCCCAACGGAACCUGUCCUAAUCGCCUAAUAAUCAAGUGUCGUACUUGUCAUGAAAAGCCAAAGAAGCCAAAAGCAGUUAUCAAGAAAAAAUACUAUGCUAUAACUACAGUAGAAUACAUUUAA